AAAGGCGAUUUAGAUUUUUUUUUUAAUUAAGGUUAGAGGACAGGAAGAUGAAGGUCGGAGCAAUUCUUCUGCUGUGCGGGUUCGUGGUCUGUGCGUCAUUCAUUGGAAAAGCAUCCAGUUUCCCGUAUCAACAAAACGGUUCCUGUAAAGAAAAUGAGGUAUAUGCAUCAUGUGCCAGCCCAUGCCCAGUCACAUGUGCCAACCGGUCUAACCCUCCACAAAUCUGUAUGGCUAUGUGCAAGAUAGGCUGCGCGUGCGAGAAAGGAUACAUGUAUAACAGCGCCAAUACCUGCGUCCGGGCUGAAGAAUGCGACUAAAUCUUCUCUAUGCCACUCCCUCCUGACUGGGGUGGAGAGAUGAUGCCCAGCAGCAGUAAUACCCGUGAUUGGAUCUGCAUUACAAUGUAACAAAUAAAACAUUUUCCUCUGCAAUUA